AUGAUGCUGGUGCCAGGGCUGGUCUCGCACCGAGACCCGCUGGUCUCGGUGGCCUUCCGGGUCGAGAAUGGUGGAACGGGGCGCCGAGCGGCGGGGUCGGCGCCGCAGCACCCCGCGUCCCGCGCCGCCUGGUGCCGUCAGAUUCCGCCGGUGAUGGCGCCGGGAUCUCAGGGAAUCCUACGGGUGGGAGGCCGAAUCGAGUAG